AUGGUGUUAAUAUCCCGACUGUUACACUCUCAAUUUAUUGUCAAGGUGCCUAAGCCUACCAUCAGCUUCGAAGUUAUUCUUGCCUGUCGGUCCCUCGAGAAAGCAGAUAAAGCCAAGCUCGAGCUUGAACAAACUCUCGCUGUCGAUGUCAAUGAAAAGGCAAAUGCUCUCCAACGUUUAGAUGUUAUGCUACUAAACGCCGGGAUUAUGACCAAAGAAUAUCGUGUGGCAGAGGAUAAUGAGUCUACUAUCACAGUCAACGUUAUUUCGACAUUUUUGAUGGCAUUCUCAUUGAUGUCGAAGCUGAAAGAAACGGCAAAUACUUUCGGAGACGGCUCAUACAACGUGUCAAAACUCAUGGAGAUCCUUGUGGUCCGUCAUUUUGUCUCCUUGCACGGGUCGAACUACCCCAUCGUCUUCAACACCGUGCAACCCGGCUGGUGCCAAUCGAAUCUCACCACGGAGAUUACAACUUCUUUCGAAAAGAAAGUAGAGAAUUUCAUGGGGAGAACAACUGAGGAAGGUGCGAGAAGUUUGGUGUUUGCUACGUCGUUAGGGAAAGAAUCCCAUGGAAAACAUGUUGGAGAUGGGGGACUUCUCUCUGAAUCCUUUUUCGUAACGAGCAAAGAUGGUUCAGCGACUGGGGAGAAGUUGUGGAAUCAGUUGUCGAGCAAAUUGCAGAAGAUUCGACCGGGCGUUAUGCUGGGAUUGUAG